ACUUAAUGUGUUCGCUGUUGCUGCCGCUACACGUAACAUCACUUAUAUGGUCGUUUAAAUGCCAUUUCACACGGAUUAGUUUGACAGAGUAUUCAUGUUUGGAAAUAUUCCAUGAAUGUUAUUAUAAUGGAGCUGUAAAACCGAUGAAAUAUAUUAAAUAAAUGCGCUGUUUUGGGGCAGGAGUCGAGUAACUGUUAGUUACAUUUGUCAUUCGCUAACAAUAAACAUGGCUGCAGUGUUUCUGAAAACUCACAUCAACAGAGAUAUAAACAAACAUCUGCUGACUCUGAUCUGGACCAAAGGAUCCUUCAGACAUGCAUCUGUGGGCCGGAUUGAGAAGGUCCUCAUCGCCAAUAGAGGGGAGAUCGCGUGCCGUGUGAUGCGGACGGCGAGGAAGAUGGGUGUCCGCUCUGUGGCCGUGUACAGUGAUGCAGACAGACAGGCCAUGCAUGUGGCCAUGGCGGACGAGGCGUAUCACAUCGGGCCAGCGGCAUCCCAGCAGAGUUACCUGUGCAUGGACAAGAUUCUGGACGUGGCCAAGAGAUCCUGCGCACAGGCGGUCCAUCCUGGAUAUGGUUUCCUGUCGGAAAAUACAGAGUUUGCUGAACGGUGCAAACAAGAAGGCAUCAUCUUCAUCGGGCCACCGUCAUCAGCCAUUCGGGACAUGGGAAUCAAAAGCACAUCUAAACACAUCAUGUCAGCUGCAGGCGUGCCAAUCAUUGAGGGUUACCAUGGCGAGGACCAAUCAGACGCACGGCUUCAGAGCGAGGCGGCCAGGAUUGGUUACCCGGUGAUGAUCAAAGCAGUGCGCGGCGGCGGAGGAAAGGGAAUGCGAAUCGCACGCUCGGAAGCAGAGUUCCUGGAGCAGCUGGAGUCCGCUCGGAGAGAGGCUCGCAAGUCCUUCAACGACGACGUCAUGCUGGUCGAGAAGUUUGUGGAGAACCCCAGACACGUGGAGGUGCAGGUGUUCGGAGAUCAGUGUGGUGAUGCGGUCUAUCUGUUCGAGAGAGACUGUAGCGUCCAGAGACGACACCAGAAGAUCAUAGAGGAAGCUCCCGGGCCAGGCAUCAGUCCUGAGGUCCGGCAGAAGCUCGGAGAGGCCGCAGUGCGGGCAGCCAAAGCAGUCAACUAUGUUGGAGCAGGAACUGUGGAGUUCAUCAUGGACGCGCAGCACAACUUCUACUUCAUGGAGAUGAACACGCGUCUGCAGGUGGAGCACCCCGUCUCGGAGAUGAUCACGGGAACAGACCUGGUGGAGUGGCAGCUGCGUGUGGCAGCGGGGGAGAAGUUGCCCCUCACGCAGGAGCAGAUUGUGUUGCGGGGUCACUCUUUUGAAGCCAGAAUCUACGCUGAAGACCCCAGUAACGACUUCCUCCCCGGAGCGGGGCCGCUGCGGCACCUUUCCACGCCGCCGGGGGACCCGUGCACACGCAUAGAGACUGGCGUCCGAGAAGGCGAUGAAGUGUCGGCUCAUUAUGACCCCAUGAUCGCGAAACUGGUGGUUUGGGGAGAAGAUCGCUCGGCUGCUCUGAAGAGACUCAGAUACUGUCUUCGACAAUACAACAUUGUGGGUCUGAACACCAACAUCGACUUCCUGCUGAGUCUCUCGGGGCACCCAGAGUUCGCGGCGGGGAACGUCCACACCAGCUUCAUCCCGCAGCACUACGCUCAGCUGUUCCCGGCGGCCCGGAGCCCGAGCGGGACGGUGCUGUGUCAGGCCGCUCUGGGCCUGCUGCUGCGAGAGAAGCGGCACACCGAGGAGUUCAGGGACCGGUCCAGCGACAUGUACUCGCCGUUUGCCUCCAGUAACGGGAGACGACUCAAUGUCCUGCACUGUAGGAACUUGACACUGCAGCUGGGGGACAACAAAGUGGCAGUAGCUGUUACAUUCAAUCCGGAUGGGACGUACAGUAUGGAGACUGGAGGUGAGGUGUUCCAGGUGUCAGGGGAGCUGCAGCUGGAGGGGGGCGUGACCUUCCUGUGCUGCUCGGUGAAUGGGGUUCUGUCCCGACCCAAACUGGUCAUUCUGGACAACACUGUACACAUCUUUUCAAUGGAGGGAAGUGCUCAGGUGGAUUUGCCGGUGCCCAAGUUCCUGGCUGGUGUUAGUGGCGCCAGUGCACAGGGUGGCGCUAUUGCACCCAUGACCGGCACUAUCGAAAAGGUGCUAGUCAAGCCCGGAGACUCGGUCCAGAAGGGAGAUCCGUUAAUGGUGAUGAAUGCCAUGAAAAUGGAGCACACUAUCCGUGCACCCAAAGCAGGGGUCAUCAAGAAGGUGUUCUUCAAGGAGGGCUCGCAGGCCAACCGGCACGCAGCGCUGGUGGAGAUGGAGGAAGAGGAGGCAGCCGGAGCCGAGUAAACCCACAGACACGCUCACACACACACACACACACACGGCUGGAGGUCCCGAACCUGGACUCAGAGAUCAAGCACUACACUUUAGUUUGGAUCUUUUGAAGAUUCUUCUCUAAAAACACAGACCUGUUACCUGUAGCUUUCUUCAUGUGGAAUUCACUCCCUAAUAACUUCAGUGUUUCUGUAGUUCCUUGGUUUAUUUGAUUUGAAUAUUGAUGUUUGUCAUUGGAGGUGAAUAAGGUGCCUUGAUGUAGGUUUGAUUACUGGAGGAAAUGUCUAGAAUCUGUUUCUCUUUUUAACCUUCAUCAUUAAAUGGUUUGUUUUUCUA